GUGGAGUGUAACCCACAGAUAGCCUAACCUAUCACGUUUAAUAACAAAUACCCCAUGGUAUGGGUUAUAUAUAUUUGGAUUGCUUCAGUUUGCUGGUUGAUACGAGUUUUAAAGUGUAUUCAAGUUAAGAUGCUGUAGAACACUAAAUAUGAUUCUUCUUAAACAGUCACCUUUGAAAUAUGGGAAAAACUUUUUGCGUACACUACGGCAACUAAAUAUAAACAGUAAAAGGCAUUUAAGUGAUAAUAGGUCUUAUGAAAACAAACAAAAAGAAAAAUUAAGAAGUACAUUAUAUUAUGUAACGGCUACAGGAGUGUUUGUGGCUGGUUUAAGUUAUGCAGCGGUUCCUUUGUACAGAAUGUUCUGUCAAGCAUAUAGUUACGGAGGUACCACUUCUACAGGUCAUGAUGUUAGCAAGGUAGAAACAAUGACACCUGUUAAAAGUCGUCCAAUUAGAGUAAGAUUCAACGCAGAUCUUGCUUCCAGUAUGAAGUGGAAUUUUAAGCCACAACAAACUGAAAUUAUGGUGGUGCCUGGUGAAACAGCGUUGGCAUUUUAUGUUGCUAAAAAUCCUACGGAUAUGCCCGUAACUGGAAUAAGUACAUAUAAUGUAGUUCCUUUUGAAGCUGGUCAAUAUUUCAACAAAAUUCAAUGCUUUUGUUUUGAUGAACAGCUAUUGAAUCCUCAUGAAGAAGUUGAUAUGCCUGUAUUUUUUUAUAUUGAUCCAGAAAUAAUGGAAGAUCCUAAGAUGGAGUUUGUUAAUGAUAUUACAUUAUCGUAUACAUUUUUUGAAGCAAAAGAAGGUUUAAAGCUUCCUUUGCCAGGAUUUAUGCAGAAAUAAUGUGUACAUUUUUGUAAAUAAUAAUUGUUUUUUAUUAAUCAAAAUCAAGAGACCCAAGGCUCAAUUGGGAUACAAAAAGAUAUGGAUGAAUACGCAAGGCACAAUACCUACUCAAAUACAAUAGGUAAAAAAGUGAA